AAGUUUUCCAAAAGAAGUCAACUUUAAACUUUCAGCUUUUAGACUCUUUUUAUCAAUUUACAGCAAACCGUUGGUUUUUCGUCGUGCCACUCCUGUUUUUGUCAAGAACGAGGUCAAAGUGGCUCUGUUAAGCUGGUCUUUUUAUUAAAAUAGCACUAUAAACACGCGACAGAAGAGACAAUCUUCAAACGGGGUCCGCGUAUCCACAUAAAACAAACAACGAAACAAAUCAAGCUUUUAUCUACGCCCGUUUUUUUUUACUGUGGCCAUAUAGCAUUUGCAUAUAGGGUAUUACAGCUGGGCUCUAUUCUUAUAAAACUCCAAACGGUGCUGGCCGCUGGCGCUGCUGCCUUGAUAAGUAG